CGGCGUCGUUUUGGAGAAGCCCAGCAGCAACGAAUUUUUUUAAAAAAAACCUAGCCAAAACGACGUCGUUUUGGUCCAGGUCUUUGAAAAAAAAAAUUAAAACAGAUUGUAUAACAGCCCCUCUUCGACCAGACAUGCCCUCAGAGCUCCAAAACCCCACAUUUCCUAAACCUCAAACCUAAAUCCCCAAUCUCCACCUCCCACAAACUUUUAACCCUCUCCCCCACCAAGCCUUUAAGCCCCAACUCCUCCAUUGCCGCCGCUUCCAAAGGCUUGCUUCCGCUUCCACCACCUCACAAUUCAAGAAUUAUGGAAAGAUUUUUUAAGAGAAAAUCAUCAUUGGGUAGUUCGGAUAGUGUGGGUAGUUCAAGAACUUCAAGUUCAAGACAAAAUGAGCACAACUCCAAGAAGAACUUGUGAUAGCUUUUGAAAAUGAUUGUCUUAUAACGGGGCGAGGUUUGCAUCAAGAAACAAGUCUCAAACGUGCCGGUGACACACGAUGGCUUUGGUGAAAUCAUGCAAGGAAAGGCUACAUUGGAUGAGGAAUAAUGGGUUUGAUGCAUUGGUUGAAGAGGUGUCUUCAUUUUGUGACAAACAUCAUAUUGAUGUUCCUAACAUGGAUGAGGCAUUCCUACUUCCAGGGAGGUCAAGGCGUAAUGCUCCAAUAAAGACAAAUCGUCAUCAUUAUCGUGUGGAGCUCUUUAUUUAUGUCAUUGAUGAGCAACUUACGGAGUUAGAUGAUCGUUUUAAUGAGGUAAAUACUGAGUUGCUUAUUUGUUUGGCAUGUUUAAGUCCGAAUGAUUCAUUUGAAGCUUUUGAUAAACAAAAGCUACUUCAUCUUGCUCAAUUUUAUCCUCAAGACUUUUCGGAUGGGGAUCUUUUGGCACUUGAAGAUCAACUUGAGCUUUAUAUUCAUUAUGUGCGUUCGAGUAGUGAUUUCUCUGACUUGCAAGGGAUUGGUGAUCUUGCAAAAAAAAUGGUGGAGACAAGGAUGCAUCUAGCAUUCAAUUAUGUAUAUUUGCUUAUUACAUUGGCUCUAGUUUUACCGGUUGCUACUGCUUCAGUCGAGAGGGCAUUUUCUGUCAUGAAUAUUAUCAAAGGUCCACUUCGGAACAAAAUGGGAGAUCAAUGGUUGAGUGAUAGUUUACUUGUUUACGUUGAGAAAGAUGUUUUUGAUUGUAUUGAAAAUGAAGCUAUAAUACUACGUUUUCAAAAUAUGAAACCUCGUCGUGGCCAAUUGUAAUUUGUACUGUUGUUUUUUACAUGAAUUAUGAAUCAAUGUACUGUAGUUUCAUUUUCAA